UCUUUCAUUGAACGCACAAAUAUUCGCCACCAGGUCAGCUUAUAAACGUGUGUAAGCUGAAUUGUCAUCUUUUCAAGGGAAGGUAUGGUUAUAGGUACGCUUGGCAGAAAUAACGGCGGUAAAAGGCAGUUAACGAGUGAUGGAAAUCGCCAAGUAUAGACGGAUAUACAAACAGUGAUGUUUCUCUCUAAGAUUGCUGCGCAAUGCACAUUCGUGAAACUGCAGCGACUGAAAACAUGCUCUGGUCGUUUGUCGGCGCAGCAUACGGAUGAUGCCCAACCCGACGAGCGCCAUCGCACUUCCGCUCCUCGUGAACCUGGUGCACACUGCCUGGCUGCGCGUGCUGACGUCGAAGCCGAUGGCGAGCAUUAAUACCACCAUCACUUACUUAAAGGUCAAACGUGGAUCACCUGCUGUGCUAGUUUAUACUGCAAAAUUCUCCGCUUUAGUCUACUGGAUCAUGCUGCCGGCUAUGACGUACUCCUUGGCCUUCGCUGCCUACGGCUCGUUCCCUGCUGUAGAGCGGUUGAGCGGAGCUCGAGACGUGCAGCUCAUGACGGGGAUCUCGGGCCUCGAGUUCAUCUUCGCCCACUUCGUCUUCGAUUUCAUCUACCACGUCCUCUUCUGCGUGUUGUGGUGCACCAUCCUGUACAGCCUCAGCUCCUACUCUGCGGCCACAUUCGGGCUCUUGGUGCUUGCAUUUGUGUCCUUCGGGCCAGAAGCGAUUGGCUUUGCCUACCUGUUCGCGGAAAAUGCAGUCUCUCCAGGUUCGGCGGUCGUUAGGAUUUUCUUGGCACUCUACAUUGGAGGUGCUGUCUCCACCAUCCUCAGUUUGACUUCUGGGGCUUACACUGAUGCACACUUGGUGCACUAUGCCACGCUCAUUCUUCCUCCAUACGCGCUGGUGUCCAUGCUUAGCAAAAUAUCGAACAACGAGGAAAAGUCCGUGCAGUGCAAACUACUAGAGAACUAUCCCGACACUCUCAAAGCCUUUGGAAUUGAUUGCAAGGCGAAUGUGCUGGCACUUACCUUUAAUGAAGCGGGAAUCGAGCUAGUGACUAUAAUAGUGGAAGGCCUGGUCGUCGUGGCGAUCAUGGUCUUCUUAACUUCCGGCUAUCUGAGGCCCGGUGACGGCUUCGCGGGCAAAGAGUGGUCUGGCGAAGAAGACGUCGAAGCGGAGAAGAACCUGGUCAACGCCGCACGUCGAGACGGAGACUUCGCCAACUACUCGAUGCUCGUCUGGAGUCUGCACAAACGCUUCGGCACGUUGCUCGCCGUGCGAGGCACCUACCUGGCACUUCGGCCCUCCGAAUGCUUCGGCCUCCUCGGCGUGAACGGCGCCGGCAAGACCACCACGUUCCAGAUGUUGGCCGCCCUGGUGAGCGUCUCAUAUGGCGACGCCUCCACGUCGACGGCCAAGCUCAGUGGAAGGGCCCGCACAUGGCAGUCGCAGAUCAGCUACUGCUUUCAGCUAGGUGGUCUACUGGACCGGCUGAAUUCGUACGAAUACCUCUACCUGGUUGGUCGGCUGAGAGGCAUCCCCGAAAGCGAUUUGAAGCCCAUGAUAGACAGCAUCAUAUCAGUUGCCGACCUCACGGAGUACGCCUCCAAGGAGUGCGGACUGUACAGCGGAGGAAACCGCCGGAAGCUGUCCAUCGGCGCAGCGUUGUUGGGUCUGCAGCCGUUCAUAUUUCUCGAUGAACCCUACGCUGGCGUGGACGUGGUGUCUCGAAACAAGAUCUUCCGAGCCAUCGCUGAGAUCAAGAAACGCUCGCGGACCACUUUCGUGCUCACGUCGCACAACAUGGACGAGUGCGAGUUCUCCUGCGAUCGGCUCACGAUCAUGGUCGAAGGCAGCAUGAUGUGCCUAGGCACAGUCCAGCACCUGCGAGAAAAGUUUGGUCAAGGCUACCGUCUCGAGUUCUUGCUCAAACACACGGCUGUAGCAAGCGCGCCCAUGCUGAAGAAGGCUGUUGAACAACUCUUCGCCGGAAUUGAACUCAAGGAUGACCACCAGAACCUGCUCUGCUAUCACCUGGCACAUAGAAUACCUUGGAGCAAGCUGUUCACCAAGGUCCUGCACCUCUAUAAAGACUUCGAGCUUGAACACGCUCUCGUCGGAGAGAACACUCUGCAAGAUAUCUUCUUGAACUUCGCGAAAACGACAGGAGCGCCUCGCAUUCCAGUAGCCUACGUCAACCCUGCUGCCAGCGCAACGGCGAGCGGAACGGCGAGUGGAGCGGCGAGCGGUGCGCCGAGCGGAGCGGGGAGCGCGGCGACGACUUGAGCAGUGUCACGGUGACAGGCACGGCACAGCAGCUCCGCCACCUGGGGCCUAAAACUGACUCCGGUUUCAAGAAGAUGCUCCCUAUGGGAAGCAAUAAAGGUCUUUGUGACAUCAAGUGCUAA